CAGCUGCUCACCUGGUCAAGCUGUUGGACUCACCUGUUCAGAUCAAGACAACUUCAGGUUGGUGGGAGAGGCCAGCCGAUGUGCCGGGAGACUGGAGAUUUUACAUCAAGAAGAGUGGAGACCAGUGGCUGUUAUGGAUAGUUACUGGGACAAGAACUCAGUUGCUGCAGUUUGUGCUGGACUGGACUGUGGUUCUGCUGUUUCAGCAAGAAAGUCAAAGGAAAAUUCAGAGAGACCAGUUUGGAGGAUCAAGUCUUACUGUUUGCAGUCAGGAUCUGCAUUGAAGAACUGUUUACCUUAUGAUGAAAACAGUGAUCAGAGCCAUGAGAUCAUCUGCUCAGGUCUGCUGGUUGAGCCGCUCAUCUUCCUGUCUUCCUCCACUGACGGGGUCUCCACAGGCAGAAAGCAGGGGUCUGAGCUCCUCAUUGGCUCACAUUUCAGCAUCAUGUGCUCCAUCAGACCUCAGUAUGAAGGCGGCUCCUUCCAGCUCAUCUUCAGCACCUCUAACUACACUCAGAACCAGACCCUGCCAGCUGUUAAUCACUCCGCCCUCUUCCUGUUCUCUGCUGCUGGCCACGCCCACCAAGGAACCUACCGCUGCGUUUACCACGUCUACGUUUUCUCCUAUAACUUCUCCUCUAUCAGCCAGCCUCUCAACCUCACUGUCUCAGGCAAUGUCAUGGAGUCCAUGAGGAAAAGUUCUGCUUCAGUUUCAGCCUCUCCCACUGCUUUGAUCAUCAGACUGGUUGUCGUCCUGCUGGGUAUGCUGGGAUCAGUCCUGGUCCUCUACUUUAAGGCCAGGAGAAACCAGAAGUCUGGACCAGAAAACAACCAUCAUGAUGAAGGAUCCAGAGCUGAAGGCAGCUUAGAGGAGGAGACUGCAGUCUGAAGGAACCAGGAGAAAAUGAUCUUCAUUUCACAUCCGCAGGAAGGAGCAGAGACAUGUUUCAGACUCCUGGAAAUCUAUCCGUCUAUGUAUCUAUGAUAAAAUGUCUCUGUGCUCCUGCAGCAGGAAGGAAGUUCAACAUUCAGAAAUUUGUAUCUGGACUAAACCUACUUAAGUUAAACUUAUAUAAGAAGGGAACACAAAACAAAACAUUCAACAAACAAAAUAUAACAGAAAACCCACUUCAUCAAAAUCUGAUCUACAUCAACCUUGCAAGGAUAGCAUAUGAUAGGAUAUUUGGGGUCAAAGGUCAGGUAGCCAAUUCCAUCAGGCCCUGAACCCAGCUUGUGUCCUUGUCUUAGUUGAAUUGUAUGACAAAUGUAAUACAGUUGAUCCUGGCUUGUAAUACUUUGUCCUGCCUGUAGGUGGUGUAUGUCAUCACUGCCAUGAUAACCCAUCCAAUACAUCCAGUUUCCAAAGUCUGAACCAGAUGUGAUCUGCGCCAUCUUAGUAGGGAAGUGCAUGCACAAUGCAUAGUGGACCCAUGGCUCCGAGACCAUGGCUUUGUAAAGGAGAUAUGAACUCUCUGUGUGAAUAAUGAGGUUCUGGUGACUGGCAGACGAAGUACAUGUAGAAACAAACAUGUAGCAACAAACAUAAAGAAAACAUGCGGACACUCUUGACCAAUGUUGUGAAAACUGGUGUAGAGUGGUGAGAUCUUUCCAGGUAUACGCAGAAAAUGGAUCAUAAAGGCCUGAGAGGCAUAAGUAAUCUUGCAUUUUGAUUUACUGUUGAUUAAAAAUAUAUAUAUUCUUGUAUUUUAAUUACUGAUUGAUUAUAAGAAAUGUAUUCUUGUGUUUUGAUUUAUUAAUGAUUAUAAAAUAAGGAUUUUUGUACUUUGAUUUACUGAUGAUUAUACAAAGAGUU